AUGAGAAUCUGUGUGCUUCAAUCCUCGUAUGAGGGUUCUGAGUCGAGUCUUCAAGAAGUAGACACAAGUGUUCCUAAUCCAGGGGCCUUCACGUUUCAGCAUUCGUUUGAGAACCGUUUCAUCCACAAGGACACAGCGAAAGAGGAGAUUGACGCCGUCGUCGCCGAGCAGUUUGACUUUUACAUCAACUUCCUCUGGGGCACAUUGGACGAUGAUGUAGCUGGGAUCGAAGCGAGUCGAUACUUCGAGUCUUUGGGAGUUCCCUCUGCUGGCGUUCGCAGCUGGGAGCGCUCGUGGUCCAAGAACGACUUCUAUAAGAACGCCUGUCGGCGGGGUGCACCUCCAGUGCCCGGAAAAGAGAAGUUUCCUCUCUUUGUGAAGCCGGCAAAUGGAUGCGCAAGCCAAAUGAUCGACGAACAGUCUCUUUGCCACAACCAGAUCGAGCUUCAGACAGCCUUGCGCCGCAUUAACGAGCGCCUUCGGGACUCUCGAUGGCGCAGAGCAAAAGCAUUGGGAAAGAAAGACCCAGAAGCGUACGCGGAUUCGUACGAUCCCGAUAGCCGUUUGAGUGACGACAUUGUCGUCCAAGAAUACAUCAACGGCCGUGAUUACCUGGUCAGUGUCAUCGCAAUGGGAGACUCUGCGUUGGCUCUGCAACCCUGCGUUGUCAAUACCAGGGACGCACCAAACCGAGCCAAUUUUCUUACAUUUGACAUGAAAUUCGACGACCAAACACGGUUCGAGAUCAUUUGUCGUGAAGACAACCCUACUCUCUACGACCGUCUGCACGAGGUGGCGCUGGAGGCUUUCGAGACCGGCCGUUUUCGCCAUAGCUAUAUGGGAUGUGACGUGGACAUACGUGUCCGGCCCAACGGCGAGGUCUUCGCCAUCGAAGUCAACCCACAGCCCGCAUGUUUCCUUCCGGACGAGACCGGCUUCGCGGACGCGCCCAUUACGGAGAGUCUUCCGGGUGGCCAUACGGCGGUGGUGAAUAUCUUCAUUGCGAAUUACUUCCUCCAGAACGGUACUCUCCGAGAAUGGUCUAAGGUUGCCGGAAUUUAUGACAAGAUGGCCCCCGACUACGAUGAGAUUGUGCGGACCAGAAGCCAAAUAGAUGAUAUCAUGCGCAAGGUCACGAGAGAGUUCGAUUUCGAGGGCACAGUGGUUGACCUUGCAUGUGGGACUGGCGGUUUUGGCCGUCUGCUGGCCGAGUGCCAACCCGGAGGUCAUCGCCACCGUGAGGGCCAGCUUGUUGGUUUUGAUCUAUCGCCGGGAAUGGUGGAGUGCUGUCGGACAAUGGGCUUCUACAACGAAGUCUACGUGAGCCGCAUGCAGACCUGUCUUCUUGAAUAUACCACCCUGACGAAGGUAGAUCAUAUCGUCUGUUUCUCUGCAAUCCACUUUCUCUCACCCGAGGAAUUUGCUUUUCUCCUUGUCUCCUGCUUCGUGAUAGCGCGGAAGUCGAUCACAAUUGGAGUGGAUGAAAUUCCAGAUGUAUACAACGAGAAUCUCCACCAGCGAGGGGAUUCCUUUAUGCACUCGUACAAUCACCUCCAGAACUUGGAGGCGUUUGGAAAGCCUCGUGGUUGGUCUCUAGUGAGUCGGCAACGCCAAUACGGAUGGAAUUCUCCUGCCACCAAGGACAAUGUGUACACCAGCACAUUCCGGUUCGAGCGAGUGGAUCCGAAAAGCAUUUAUGAUGUACGCCUGACACGAUUCGCAACAAAAAACUAG